AUGCACUGUUUCAAACCUCGCCACUCCCUCGUUCUCUGCAGACCCUGCGCCUUUAGCACCUCCAGCAUCCCCCAAGCAUCGGCAUUACGAAUCGAUACUCGCCAAUCCGUCGAUGUUUCUGUAGACACCUCGAUUCAUCACCCACUAUCUGAAAAUUCACAACAAGAACAGCAAUCACCAGAAGUAUGGUUCCCAUAUAACACAUCCUCACUAGCGCCCUUACAGCCAGCGGCGUCGAGAAGUAUAGUACACCCGGGGGUGGCGGUGGGGGAGAAGGUACUAGGGAUAUCAUACCUACCGAAAAAGGACAACAUAUUCUCCGUUCUAUCGACAAGGACGGUCAAUGGGCUUACACCUUUCAAUGGGUUACUGUUUUCAUCUACGAAUGCUGGGUCGGAGAAAGACAAAGACCCGGUUAGUGAAAGAACAUUAAACCUAGGAAAGACAAUCGAUAUCCUCAAAGACCGCCUCCCAACCCUCCUCCAAUCCCCUCUACCAAGCGAAAUCCUCUCACCAUCCAUAGCCCUCCGGCUGUUCCCAUCGACACAUCCACACCUCCCAUCCGUCAGCGGUAGAAUGGCAUACAUAGCAGCUCUGUGGACAUCACCAGUAGUAUGGGGUCGAAUACCAGGUAUCAAAGUCCGUUUGGAAAUCCUAUCAAUAAGGAUGGUAAAAGGUGGCAAUCCCAUCGAGAACGAAGAUGAUGGACCGCAAAACGUAGCCGGGGAGCGAAUGAUCGUUAAAUGGAGGGCUAGUGGCUCACCUAAUGGGAACGGAAACGGAAACGGAAACGGAGAUACACAACCUACUACGGCGUCGACUACAUCUAAUACAACACCAUCUUCAAAAUCCACGGAACCAAAGAAAGAAGAUCCCCUCUCGGCCGUCGCCAAUUCGCUUCCAAGAUUCACACUGGCCGGUGACUUCUGCGGCUUGUUUAUUUUUGAAUUUGAUGAUAAGGGGAGGAUAAAAACCCAUAUCAUUGAAGACGUGGAAGAGGAUAGAGAUGAAGCAGUACAGCAACAUUCAAAAGUUAUUACACUUACAGAAUGGUUGCUGAAAAAGGCAAAGAGCAGCUUGGAGGAGAAGCAGCAAGUACCUGGUCUAGCAUUCGAGAGGAUGUGGGACGGCGGUAGGCCGCAUGGGACGGUCAGUUAG